AGUUAGUAUUGUUUUGGCAGAAAGUGAACAUGGCGAUUAGUAACAGAUGGCAAAACAGCUGAUCGUGUAAAGUCCCACAAAACAGAGAUAAAGGAGAUAACAAUACACAAUGCCGCACACACUGAGAAAGCGGUGGUUCUAAAAGGCAAUUUUCAUCAACUGACGUCAAAUGGAUGCGGUUUUCUUUGAUGCAAGGAUCGAAACACAAGGGGACUUAGCGGCGAAGAGAGUUUCCCCUUCAAAGGGCAUAUUGAAAAUUGAGUCCUUAUGUAACGCGCACAAUUACUGUGUGCGUUAUUUGGCUAGGCAAUUAACUCAGUGUUGGGGGAACAGAACAGCUGUUUGAAGGAGUUUGUUUAAUGUAAUAGUGAUAGUUAAUAGUUCACAGUGUAGCGUCCAUUCAGUGUGGUUGGAAAAUUUAUGCUGACUCAAAGUUUGUGAUAAACAGUGGGUAUUGUAUUACAGCUGAUGAAACUUUGAUUUGCUCGUGAUCAGCCUUUUCAACUUUACGAAAAAGGAAAUUUUGCUUACUUGGAGAAAAGAUCUGAGUGAAUUUUAAAUAUCUCCAAUUUUACCGGUAGUCGAUCGCCUCUCGAGAGGCUAAUUUUGACAACUUCGUUCGAAACAAUUUCAACCAAAUGGCCACAAGAUCGACCGAUUCCAGACCUCUGGUGGAGAUGGACUCAUCAGCGGAGGAACUCGAAGGAGAUGCAAAUACACAGGGAAACUUAUGGACUGGUAACGCAAAAUCUCUCUUUGACGAUAGCGAAGAGCCGUCGGAAUCUGCGGAAAAACAACCACUGUCCUUGAAACGUCGGAUCGUCUUGGUAGGCGCAUUGUUGCUAUGUGUGUUUACUAUAUUCGCCUUUGCUUUUCUUCUUCCUUGUCAUAAACCAAAAUGUCAGAAGCUCCCAAUCUGUCCUGGCAAGGGGCAACUGACAGCAGUGAACUGGACCCACCAAUUUGGUGGUAUUAUUCCUGUUGUGACUUCCUUGGUUGAUGUGACAGGAGAUGGUAGGCCAGACGUUAUAGUUGAAUUUGACAUAAAAGCGAUGGAGUCAACAAAUUCUUCAUUCUUGAGCCAACUUUGUAAUUACAAAGAUUGUCACGGCAGUGGUCUUUUGGCCCUGCAUGGAUCGUGUGGUAAUAGUCUGUGGGUUUUCAGUCGCAAUUCCUCCCUUGGACUUUUGGCUUGUGAAAAGGCCACAGAGGGCAUUGAUGAAAAAAACAACCAACAUUGUUUGUUCGUUGAAGAAAAAGUAAAUCUUGUUUUUUUCAACCCAGAGAAUGGAACCACCAAGUGGAAAUCAUCAUUUAGUGGUAAAGUUGGUUCAAUUAAAUUUGUCAGUGAUGUUGAUGGUGAUGGUGAAAAAGACAUUGUUUUCGUCAGUGACCUUCCCAUGGGUAACAGUAAAGGUUAUAUCAAUUUGGUAUCUGGAAAACUAGGGAAACUUCUUGGCAACCCUGUACCAUUGCCUGGAGGUCACAAUAUCAGUAAUAUCCUUGCUGCUCACACUCUCCCGAGUAAACAACAGUUUGUUAUUGUUGGUACAUUAGCACACAAGACAAAUACAACAUCACUUUGGGCGAUGUCAGUUCAUGAUUUGUUUGAGAAAGUAACCCAGCCAACAAAAUCAAUUCCAGGAGAGGCGUGGGGAAAACAUGUACCAGACCCACACACUGGUUUCAUCAGCAUUCUUAAAGAUGCUGUUUUCCUAAUCCAGCCGUUGUUGACAGAUUUGGAUGGUAAUGGGGUGAAAGAUGUUGUUUUUGUAAUCAGGGAGAAUGGUACUUCUCUUCUGGCCAUGAAUGGCACUGAUUUGGCUGUUGUGUGGAGAAUGGUAGUACCUUCUGAUGCAGUUAUUCAUGAGUUGUUUUCAACUCCGCACUCUGUUAAAGAAAAUGUGACAGAUAUUGGAUUGUUUGUUGCUCACACAAACAGUUCCUCCUCACUGCUAGUCAUUGAUGGUCGCACAGGGGAAAUAAGUUGGUCUUUUCAUAGCAGGACUGGUCUUGCUGUGGCACCAGUCCCUGUACCAGGACUUAGUGGUACCCAACAGGCUUUUGUGAUCUGGAUGCCAAAGCCUGAGGCUGUGACAUUGAUUUCUAAAUCCAGAAAAUCCAGAGACAUUUCACAUCAAGUGAAUGAUUGGAAUUCUGGUGAUGUCAGUCAAAUGAUGAAUGAUAAAUAUGCAAGACCACAACCAAGAAAGUUGUUUUCAGUUAGUUCAGAUUUAAUUGAGAAAAACAAAUUUGAUCGGUUAUUUACAAAAGCAGCUCCUAUAUCUCCAGAAGAGAUAGGUAAUGACUUUGGUGAUGAUUCUAGUUUUCAUAACCAGGAGGACUUCAGCAAAGUUAACAGUGAUGACAUGGCCCUAAAGGAAUUUGAACUUUAUCUUUUAGAGGACAUUUUAAAGAAAAUUGAUAAUCCCAGUUUUGCUGCAAAAAAGCCUCUCAGGUCAAUAAAAGAAGAGGAAAGAGCUGACAGAAAAUGGCUUGGAGCAAGGAAAGAGAAGCCUUCUGUUUUACAUCAGGGGGGUUUCCAGGAGCAUGCAAUUCCAUUUACAAAGGACACAAGGCAUAAAGGUGUCAGUGGAGAGGAGAAUAUUGAAGUCAAGGCAGAUCCACAUGUGCGCAAUGAUCUGGAAGAGCAACUGAGUGAUUUGACCAAUCAUAGGAAAGAGGAGGCUGUAUUUGACAAUAAAAAGGAGAGGGCACUCCUUGCAUCAGCAUCAAAAGAUUCCUCAUCCCUUCAAUCCAGGCAAGAAAUUCUCAAGGACUUCCCUGGAAAGCAGUCCAGAAUGGAAAACCAAGACAUUGAGGUAAAAAUUUUGCCAGGGAAAUCCACUGUCACUCAGCAAUUACAUGCAGAAUAUCAAAGAAAAGAAGAUUCAAAGUUGGAAGCAGUUGAAAAGCCAUCCUAUCAUAAGCGAUCAGUGACAUCCUUACCAAGAGGAUCCAAGUGUGCCAAACAUUUUGGUGACAUUGCAGAUGCUUAUGUGGCUGUUCUCUUGGUGAAGACUGUUGAUGGAAGACAGCUGUUGGCUGGCAUAACAGAGGAAGAUCCUCUAUAUUUGGGUCCUGAUGACUACAAAAGCUUGUUUAAGACCAGGGCAGGUGAUAAAAGAGCCAAUCCUUGUUUUCGGUUGGUUCCUCAAAUUGUUUCACAGCCUCUGAUUAGAGAUUCUGAUGAAGGCUUGGAUCUAGUGUAUACAGUCAGCUUUGUUUCUAAAGGUCACUUGUUACAUGUGACAGAAAUAAGAAAAAUGCCAAUGGAGGCUGUCUUUGAACUUCUUGAAGGUGUUUCAAAAGAUACCAGGCAGCAUCAAACUAAAAGAGGGAUCAAUUCUUUCAAUUUUCCAAGAGUUUGGAAAUAAUUUACUCCCCAAUUUAAGAGCUUUGCUCUAAAUGAAUUGUAAAAAUAGACUGCAAGAUAUAUUCAGUAAUUAUGGUAUGAUAAAGAUAUUAUGUUCAUUUAUAUUUUUUUUCAUGAUAACAGUGGACAUUGCUUUGUUCAUUGGAGUUUCCUAUUAUUUUGAUAUUAGAAAAUUUGAAAUAUUUAGCUCAUGACAACAGAAGGAAGUAUGUAAUAACUAUACUUUUUUGUUAUAGAAUGGAAUUCAGAUUGAAGUCAAUUCAAACAAGUUUAAACUGUAUUUUUCACUGUCUCAGGAUUAUGAUUAUUAAUUGUAUAUGGAGUAAAAUGAAUAAAAAGUUUACAAUCA